CGGGGGACGGGCGGGGAAAGAAGUCGAAGCGGCGGACUCAGCAACGCGGCGGCUAGCGGGCUCUCUUCAGCUGUAUCAGCUGCCGCCUCUUUUCUCCCCGUCCUUCCUUCCUUCCUUUCCUUCCUUCCUUCCUUCCUUCCUUUCUUCCUUCUUUCCUCUCGGCGAGCCUUCCUCCCGUUUUCUUUUCCGUGCCUUCGUCCUCCUCUUGCGCUGGGAUGCCUCCCAAUCUUAGCGGCUACUACCGCUUCGUGUCUCAGGACAAUAUGGAGAAUUACCUCCGUGCCUUGGAUAUCAAUGUGGCCCUGAGGAAGCUGGUUUGUCUCCUGAAGCCAGACAAGGAGAUCAUUCACACUGGUGACCAUAUGACUGUUCGCACCAUAACUUCUCUGCGAAACUAUGUCAUGGACUUUGACCUUGGGGUUGAGUUUGAAGAGGAUCUGGGGCCAGUAGAUGGACGCAAGUGCCAGACAACUGUUUACUGGGAUGGAGAUCAACUGGUGUGUGAACAGAGAGGAGAGAAACAGAACCGGGGCUGGAGGCACUGGUUAGAAGGGGAUCAACUGCAUCUGCGCAUGACAGCAGAGAAUGAGGUUUGUGUCCAGAUAUUCCAGAAAGUGAAGUGACCUCAAACAUCGUGCCUACCAGUGAGAUGUGCCAACUUCCAGAUGGACCUGAUACUGGACACCAAACCAGAUGGAGAGUCAAGCAAACUAUUCAUAUCUUUGCUUAACCUUUCCUCUUUGGAUUAAAACAAUAAAGAUGACCAAAUGUGUGC